AAUGAGUGAUGAAUAAAAAUGCAGUGGCUUUAAUGCAUAUUUAAAUGAAUAACUAUUCUAAUCUGCUCAUAAAAAAAAGAGUCUUGAAUAAUAAGAAAAAAUAAUUCAAUAAUGGAAUAAAUUAUCUUCAGAAGAAAAGAAAGAAUUUUAAGAAAAAGAAGAAGAAAUUAGAUAACAUGUAUAAAAAGAAAAAAAAGAAAAAGAAAAAUAAGAUAAAUCAAAAAAGUCACAUAAAAGUCAUCAAAAAUAAGAAAAAGAAGAUGAAGAUGAUGAAAUGGAAGAAGUUAAGAAAAGUGUUUAACAUAUGAAAAUUAAUGAAGAAAAAUAACAUAAUAAAAAAAAAACACAUGAAAUGAAAAGUGAUAAACAUGAAGACAAGGAAGAAUGUGAUGAUGAUGAUGAAAAAGAAGAAGAACAUAAAAAUAAAAGUUGGUAAUCUAAAUAAAAGAAAUCUAAAAUGUCAGAAAAAGAAGAUGAUGAUGAUGAAGAAGAAGAAAAAUAAGAUAAGGUUAAUGAGGAAGGGGAACAUAAAACUAAUAAGAAAAAAUACAAAACAAGGUCAAGUAGAUCAGGUUAAAGAUCUGGUUAAAGAUCUGGUCAAAGAUCAGGAUGUGGAAAAAGAAAAAUGUGAU